GACUAGUUCUCAGCUCCUCACCCAAAUCUAAUAUUAUCUACUUGGCUUGGCUGUGAAGAAGCUCUAUGGAGUAGUCGAGUGAUAGCCCAUCAUCAUUUCCAUGAAGGAGACUAUGAGAGGUAUGCUCGUGUUCCAUGCUCAUUCAUCUUCCAUCUUCUGUGAAGUUUACUAGUUUCGUAACGAAUCUCAUCUCCUGAAUGCCUUACGCUUCCCGGCGCGUUUUUCAUUUAACAAUGACAUCUCUUUUGGCCUUUCCUUCUGGUCAACAAAGCCGCCGAGUGGCCACGCACGCCCAAGUGUUCGAUGUAAUGUCUCACAAAGAUUUGUGAAGGAAAAUUACAAUCGACACGAGAUGAUGAAUUAUUUUUAGAUUCGACAGAAAAAUUAAGGACCACUUUGUUCCCAAAGAGAAAGAGUCAGUAUUUUCUUGGUGGGAGAGGAGAAAGUAGCUUAGCAUUUUGUUUUUUUUUGUUUUUUGUUUUUUUUUUUAUAGAAGAGGAGUCCUUCCGUACGCAAGAUCAUGAAUAAAACAUUGAGGUUUGUAGUAGAUAUGUCCACACUAGUCAUGUACUUGGUAACUUGGGAAUGGAAAUUGGUUACGUCUUGUUGCUCUGUAAGUAUUUUUGAGUGCCGAAAAAGUCGAGUUCUAGAAACAUGAAUCAGACAAAGAAAUCUAGUGAAGUAUUAUAUAGACGCCAGAAAAUUUCAAGAAUCUCCGAGGGGAUGCUUGACUGCCCUUUCGCCAUUAAUAAUAUACACCGAAGUCUUUGUCUUGCAGCGUAUUUUGAUUAGCCACUAGCUAAAAGAAUGUGGUCAUUUCAGUGAGGAAGAGAAUAUAUGGUUGGUGUUUACCCUCAUCAUGAGGUUGGACUUUAGGCUUGUUCACACCGUGCUUGACUGUAGGCUUUAUCACUUCUCAGGAUCUUUCUGGGAAUAUUGUGCAGGUUUUAACUUUGAAGUAAGAACUGAUAGUUGAGAAUACAGGAACUCUUGGCUGGUAUUAUAUUGUUCUUUUAUCUCAAUGGUAAACUUAGCAUAAUCUUUAGAGUCUACCUCUCUUGUGAAUAUCAGAAGAUAUACUGUUUAAAUAGACUUUAAUCGCAGGGUGAUUGGCAUGUGUAUAUGCACAUUGUUGAUUACCGGGUGAGGUAGAAGUUAUAAGCGUUAAUAUGAGCCAUACAUAGACUCUUUGCUGGUAAAUUUUUUUGCUCAUUUAUCUUUCUGGUAAACUUCUCAGGCACAAAGAAUCAACUGCUCUUUUAAAUUCAUAUUAAUCUUGUGCAUUCAUAUAGUGUUUUAGACUUUUUGAAGCCAAAAUUCCAUAUACUUGCUAGUGAUGGUUCAUAUGUUGUUGUUUUCAUUUAUUUAUUGUUUCAAUUCUUUUACUGUAUAGCCUGGAUUUGUCGUAUGAACUUAUUUCCUUGUUCUGGUGGAGUUAUAAGUGUAAUUUUCAUAUCAUAGUUUAAUUUUUUAAUAUAUACCAGAUGAACAAAUAACAUUAUCUUUUGGUGACCAAGUCGCCGAAAACUCUGAAUCACUAUUAACUAUUUAUUUUGUAGUCAUUUUUUUUACUCGUAACUUCUUGGUGAAGCUAUUGAGACACCAGUUCCUAAAAUUGUUGCGUAUGCUAAAAGGCAACACAGAGGACUUCUUACCUCUAUAUAUAAACAAAAUCACCAAAAUACUUGAAGUCCCUUUGGACUGCACAGUAACCUAGUGAGUGAAUGUCAGAAAGUGCAGUCAGCUUUCUACUGAACAAGAUUUCUCCUUUUCUCGCAAAUGGAGUUCAACUCUGGAGAGGGGUUAGAGAAGAACUCAUUUACCUAAAUGGGGAAUUGGAGCACAUGAAGGCCUUUCUGAAGAAUGCAGACGCAAUGGAAGAAAGUGAUGAAGAACUCAAAGUAUGGGUUAAGCAGAUACGAGAUGUUGCUCAUGAUGCAGAAGAUGUUAUAGAUGAAUUUACACUCCUCCAAACACAUAACAAUCAUGUGCACCAACUAUAUUGUACUUUAGACUUGCUUUCUUGCUGUGUUAAGAACCUGAAAGCUUAUUAUCGGGUUGCCAAGGAGUUACAGAGCAUCAACACCCGGAUCAAAGAGAUCUUUGCUGUGCAAAAAAGACUUCUUCCUAAACUUGAUGCUGCUGCAAACGGCUCCAUUUUUACCAGUUCAGGUAGCACAUGGCAUGAUCGGCGAGAGGAUGCUCUUCUUUUAGACAAUACUGAUGUUGUGGGCAUAGACGAGCCGAAAAACCUACUGGUCAGCCGGCUGGUCAAGGGUGACUCUGGACGUGAAGUAGUUUCAGUGACAGGAAUGGGUGGUAUGGGGAAAACCACCUUGGUGAAGAAAGUCUAUGAUGAUGUGGAAGUGAAGAAACGUUUCAAACCCCGUGCGUGGAUCACAGUUUCUCAGUCUUUUGAAGCACAGGAUCUCCUUAGAGACAUCAUUCGCAAACUCUAUUCAGAAUUUGGGAGGGCUGUUCCAGAAGGUGUAGAUGGCAUGAAUAACAAUAAAUUGAAAGAGAGAAUCAAAAACUUGCUGCAAAAAAGGAGGUACCUGAUUGUUCUUGAUGAUGUCUGGCACACCAAUGUAUGGGAGACUGUCAAAUAUGCUUUUCCUAAUGGGAAGCUUGGCAGCAGAGUCAUGAUCACUACACGUAAAUCUGAUGUAGCAUCCACCUCUUGCUCAGAAUCCGAAGGUCAUAUCCAUGAGGUGAAACCCUUGGGUGCAAAGGAGUCUUGGAGUCUGUUCAGUAGGAAGGCAUUUCGGGGGAAGUCAUGCCCUUCUUAUUUGAAAUCAUUCUGUAAAGAUAUCCUAAAAAAGUGUGAGGGUUUGCCCCUUGCAAUUGUAGCAAUAAGUGGUGUUUUGGCAACAAAAGACUGCCGCAGAAUAGAUGAGUGGGAUUUGAUUUGCCGUAGUCUUGGAGCUGAAAUUCAUGGCAAUGAUAAACUUGAGGAUUUGAAGAAAGUCCUUUCUCUCAGUUUUAAUGAUUUGCCUUAUAAUCUGAAGGCAUGUUUUUUGUGCUUGAGCGUCUUUCCAGAGGGCCAUCUGAUUAAGCAUAUGAAAAUCAUUCGCGUAUGGAUAGCAGAAAGAUUUGUUGAAGCUAGAGAAGGAAGAACAUUGGAGGAAGUAGCUGAGGACUACCUCAAGGAGCUGUUGAACAGAAGUUUGAUGCUUGUGGGAGACACAACAAGUGAUGGAAGGGUCAAAACUUACCGCAUCCAUGACCUUUUGCGAGAGAUUAUUGUCUCAAAAUCAAGGGAUCAAAACUUUGCAGCCAUAAUGAAGGAGCACAACACAAUCUGGCCUGAUAGAGUUCGGCGCUUGUCAAUACAUAAUGUAUUGCAAACUGUACAACAAAGCAGGUCAUUUCCUCAACUUCGUUCCUUGUUUAUGUUUGGGGCGGUUUCAAGGUCAUCCAUGCAUAAAAAUCUUUCCAAUGGCUUUAGGUUGCUUAGGGUGUUAGAUAUAGAAGCUGCACCUAUAAAGACAUUUCCAAGAGAAAUCAUUGACCUGUUUUAUUUAAGUUAUCUAAGCUUGAGGAACACUCAGGUGAAAGUCAUUCCCAGAAGCAUAGGGAAUCUGCAGAACCUGGAGACAUUGGAUCUUAAAAAGACUUAUGUCUCUGAGUUGCCUGUUGAGAUAUUAAAGCUCCAAAAACUUCGCCACCUCCUGGUUUAUCAUCUUAAGAUUGAAUCUUAUGCACACUUUUAUUCCAAGUUUGGCUUUAAGGUCCUCUCAAGUAUAGGAGAUCUUCUGUCCCUGCAAAAGCUCUGUUUUAUUGAGGCAAAUCAAGGUUGUGGAAUGACAGUCAGGGAGUUAGCUAAGCUCAAGCAACUUAGGAGGUUGGGAAUUAUAAAAUUGAGAAAAGAAGAUGGAUUAGCUUUGUGCUUAUCGCUCAAAAGUUUGACCAAGCUGCGUUCAUUUUCUGUAAAUUCUGCAGGAGAGAAUGAGAUAAUUGAUCUCCAACACCUGUCUUCCCCUCCUCCGUUUCUUGAACGACUAUACCUGACAGGUCGUUUGGAAGAGUUACCAAGUUGGAUACCUUCACUGCAUAGCUUGGUUAAGUUAUUUUUGAAGUGGAGUCAAUUAAAGGAUGACCCGAUGGUACUUCUUCAAGAUUUGCCGAAUCUUGUUCAUCUUGAAUUGCUUCAUACUUGUGAUAGUGACAUGUUGUCAUUUAAGGGUGGGGGAUUUAAAAAGCUUAAGGUAUUGGGUCUUGACAAAUUUGACAAGCUCAGUUGUGUGAAGGUGGAGAAGGGAGCAAUGCCAUGCCUUGAAAGGCUGACAAUCCAACGAUGCAAGUUGUUGAAGAGGGUACCAUCAGGAGUUGAAAACCUUACCAAACUAAAAUCACUUCAGUUCUUUGACAUGCCGUAUGAAUUAAUCUCAAAACUGCGGCCAGAUGGGGAAGGUGAGGAUUAUGGAGAAGUAGCACAUAUCCCGGAAGUUUAUUCUGCAUACUGGAGAGAUGGUGGUUGGGAUGUCUAUCCAAUUGAGAGUUUCAAGGAGAUAGAAAAUAGUCCCUCACCAGCUGGUACUGUUAGGAGAAGCCAUAAACUUCGUCCUCUAUGGAAGGUUUAGAUCUGAUACAGGUCAGAUUGUGUAUAUGCCUGUAAAUUUCAUUGUAACUAAGUUAAUGAAAAUGUGUAGAUUGUUGCAUUUGCACUAUGUGCAGAUGACUGUAAAUACCCAUAAUAGGUAACCUACUGAAGAAUAAGGUGUAGUAUUUGUUCACCAUUUACUCUUCUUUGUAUAUAGAAAUAGUUGUAAAGACAAAGUGUACAUAAUAUAUACAGAAACAAUUCUAUCAAGUUAUCAUUAUCAUUUA